GCAUUAGAGAGGUUAGUGUAGGCAUAAAAGUUGGGGUAUUGAGGUUAGAUUUAAGGCUAGAGAACAUGUAUUUCUUGUCAGGUUUAGGUCUCAUGUCACCACAAGGGUGUGUGUGUAUAUAAUCACUGACUCGACUCUGAACAAUCCUCUUCACUGUUCAAAAGUUAAUGGUUUCUUGUGACCGUCUCUCCGCCCAGCAACGAGGACUAGUUAUCUAUCUACACCACUCAGUCCGAUUCUGUUCAAGUACAGGCUUCGGUAUGGCCCAGAAGCUGCUGGUGGAUGUGGACUGCGGCGUGGAUGAUGCCCUGGCAGUCAUGAUGGCCCUGGCCGCCCCUAACAUGGACGUCUUGGGGAUCACGUGUGUCCAUGGCAACACCAGCGUGGAGAACGUGUGCAAGAACACGUUGAGGGUUCUUCAUGCCUGCGGGAGACUGGAGAUUCCAGUAUUUCAAGGUGCGGCAAAGCCCAUUCUGGGGAAUGUGAUCAGUGCUGGACAUUUCCAUGGAGAAGACGGGCUGGGGGAUGUUCCAGACCCAAACGCCCCGGGGCUUGACAUGCUGCAGAAGGAAGGUGCGGUGGCUGCAAUGAUAAGGAUAGUCAACGAAAACCCCAAAGAGGUGUCUCUGGUGGCCACAGCCCCACUCACCAACCUGGCUCUGGCUGUGAGAAUGGAGCCAUCCUUCCCCAGCAAACUGAAGGACCUCUACAUCAUGGGAGGGAACAUAGAGUCUAGAGGAAACACCACUAUGUGUGCAGAGUUUAACUUUGCCGCCGACCCAGAAGCGGCGUACAUCGUCCUGAAUGACUACCUGUGUCCCACCUACAUUGCCAGCUGGGAGUUCACCUGCUACAACAAAUUGCCCUGGUCCUGGUGUGAUGACUGGCUGGCCCAGGAGACCGAGAAGGCUCGCUUCAUGGCCCGGAUCUUCCGCCACAGCAUGGAAGCGUCGAACAGCGAGCGGAGCCUAGCGGAGAUGGUCGACGGCACGGGUUUCGUGUCAUGUGACUCAUACGCCAUGGCAGCGGCCAUCGACAACAACUUUGUAACGUUGAGCGACCACGUGGCAGUGACCGUGGAGCUGACAGGCACAUUCACCCGCGGCAUGAUGGUCUUGGACACCUUGGAUAUGCUGAAGAAGCCCCACAAAGCCUUUGUGAUGAAGAAAGUGAACAUGGAGAGAUUUAAGCAGCUAAUCAUGGACGCCUUAAAAUAACUAACCACCACCGCAGA